AUAAAUGAACGCGAUGGGUUUAUCGAGUUACUUAAAAGUUCUUAAAUAUUUUAAGAUAUUAUCGUAAUUGAAAGAGUUUCAUUAAAAUGACCGAUCUUCAGAUGUAUGAUCACGCUGUGAUAACGUUAUCAUUCUUUAUCAACACAAAAAAUCAGCCGCAUAGCGACUUAUUAUAGUACCAUCUUGGGCCUCCAUUUUCUCGCGCAAAAUAUUCGCAGAGAAAAUGGAACACUGAUUGUUGAAAUUAUUUCAGUUCUUGAUAGAAGUGUAUCUUUGAAAGGAUACUUUUCUGUACCGCGGUAAGAAUGAAACUUCUAUCAAACAGGAUGAGGGAUUGAUAACAAACCGCGAGCAUUUGUUAAUCCCCUACCGUUUCAUGACAACUUACCACAAUACUUAUACAUUUCAGGCAAUAAUAAGAACUGUACAAUCAUUUUUUAUCUUAUAAGAAAAGUACAUUCGCCGAAAGGACUAUCAAAAUAAGAUAAAAAAUAUUGUAAAGAUAAAGGUUAUCGGUUUAGCACGAUUUGCUGACAAACUAAGCCUUGAACGUACGCUAUUAUUGAAAUGCAUCUUUUACGUAAGCAUAAGCAUUUAAAUGAUCGAGUCGCGUGGAGGAUAUAAUGUUUCGUAUCUAAGUACACAGUUUUUAAUUACGUUCUUCAGAAGGCCUAACACGAAUACACAGGUUCACGAACAACCAGAUUAUGUCAUCGCUACUUCAUUCCCGAAUAAUGUAGCGGAUAAUGGAGUUGACCGGAUGACAAAUAGAUAACUAGCAACACUUACUGUUGAUAAGAAACGCCAUCAAAUUGAGCGGGAAGUUGAGAGUAAAUUGCUUUGGGCUCGUGAUCACUGAAUUCUCAUUUUUAUAAGACAUGUGCAAUAACAAUAAAGAAAAUAAAAAAACACUUUCCCGACAUAGACCAAUUAAAGUCACUACAAUUGGUGAUGGUACAGUAGGAAAAACAUGUAUGCUUAUUACAUACACAACAAAUGAAUUUCCUUCCGAGUAUGUACCUACUGUUUUUGAUAACUAUGCAGGGACAAUAUAUAUAGAUGGACAAGAAUUUGAUAUGACUUUAUGGGACACUGCAGGUCAAGAAGAUUAUGAGAGAAUUAGGCCUUUAUCUUACCCAAAUACAGAUUGCUUUUUGAUCUGCUUUUCCGUGAAUUCUCAUACUUCUUAUGAGAAUGUUGCAAACAAAUGGCAUCCAGAAAUCAAACAUCACUGUCCAAACACACCUAUAGUUCUUGUUGGUACUAAAGGAGACCUCAGAAAUGUAGAAAAUGUGGAUACAAUUACCCUUAAAGAAUGCAAAAAAAUGAAAAAGAAAAUAAAAGCUUACAAAUAUGUUGAAUGUUCAGCUUUGAAACGUGAAAAUUUGGAAGAAGUGUUCGUGGAAGCCAUUAGGGCAGUACUGAAAAAACCAUCGAAUAAACUAUGUUGCACGUUUUGAAUAAUAAAUUAUGAAACAAUA